UCACCAGGCUCUGUGAUUGGCUGAGACUGUGAGAAACUCCAGUCAGACCAAGACCCACACAUUCAUAUGGAGAUGUGGGACUAUAAAUAGGAGGGAUGAAGCCAGCACAGAGCAGAUUCUCUCUGCAGAGACCUCUACAGCACAGAGAUCCACCCAUGGCACCUACUAUCACUGCAGCAAUGACCAAUUCUCAGGAGCAUCUGACUCUGAACCACAAGCUCAGAAAGCCUGUGGUGGAGAAGUUACGCAGGGAGCGAAUCAACAGCAGCAUUGAGCAGCUCAAGUCUCUGCUGGCUCCAGAGUUCCUCAAACAGCAGCCAGACUCCAAGCUGGAGAAAGCAGACAUCCUGGAGAUGACAGUUUGUGUCCUGCAACGACUGCAGCAUCAACAGCAGAGAAGACUGAUGAAGAACUUCAGCAAGCUGCAGUCUUCCUCUGAGAAACACCUGACAGAUGCUGACUUCUCUCUUCUGAGCUCCACAGUCCACAUCAGCAUCACCAAAGACAAGAGUCCAGUAAGCAGCGCCCCCUGGAGGCCGUGGUAG